ACGCAAUGCCCCAAACACAAGGUUGUUUCCUUCAUUAAGCAACACGUAUUGUAGAAGUUAUCUGACGCCAUCAGUUGCAUUUGAACGAGGCGAGACAGCCCAGCCUGGGGACAGACACUUCAGCUCGGCGGCAUCAAGGGGCUCUCAGUUUCUCACUCCCUAAUACUGGAAGCAGACUGCUGACCAUCCUCAAUCUCAGACCGCAGGGCAGACAGUGUUGAGUGCAGUAGUGAUCCUCAUGCUGGCAGGAUCUGAAAGAAGAAAAGCACAGUAGCGUUCAAACAGUGCCUGCUGAAAGAUGGAUGAUGAUGACUUUGGAGGAUUUGAGGCAGCAGAGAGUUAUGAGUUUGGAAAUGGUGAAAAGCAGACCACAUCUCCUGCUAUUGCUUGGGCAGCAUUUCCUACAGUACCUGAAGUCCAUAGAUCUCCUGAUGUUCUCCUGGAGCACUCGGUGCCUUCUUCCUGCCUGGUUCCUUCUGACUCCUUCAUUUUAUCAAGUGAUAAUGUGGCAACAGCUAUUCAAACAGGCAAGAGUGUGAUAAAUCCAGCUGUUCCUGAAGUACAGACUCAAGCAGAUAUUCCAGUUGCCUCUUCAAAUGUAAUUGAAGACAAGACUUUAGCAGAUGCUGAGACAAAGAGAACAAAUGAACCCAAGAGCUGCCUUCAACAAGCUGUUGCAAACCUCGAAAUCAAGCUUUGCAGUGCUGAAGAAGAAAAACUAAAAAUCAAAAAGGAACUGGAAUAUUUGCUGGAAAAACAUAGUGUGUUAGAAAUGGAUUUCUUGAAGGAAAAAAAAGAAAAAAUGCUUCCACAUCAAGAUCAUUACAAGACACUCCAGGAAAAGCAUAAGCAGGAAUUAGAGGACAUGAGAAAAGCUGGACAUGAAGCCCUAACUAUUAUUGUUGAAGAAUUCAAGGCGCUGCUACAAUCUACAGUUCAGCAGCAAGAAGCAGCUAUUGAAAAGCAGUAUAUAUUAACCAUUGAAAAGCACUCUCACAAAUGUGAGGAGCUCCUUGAUGCUCAGCAUCAGCGACUUCUUGACAUUCUGGAAGCAGAAAAGGAGGUGUUAUCAGAAAAGAUAGAGGAAGCUAUGAUGCAGCAGUCACAAAAGCACAAGGAAGUGCUGGACAAAUGUUUGGAUGAAGAAAGGCAGAGAAGCAAGGAGGCCCUGGCAGCUGCUGCAAAGGCUGAGAAAGCAGAAGUGCAGAAAGCUGUUCUGAAAGCAGUAGAGGAGGAGAGGAGAAAUAUGGAGAGGAUGCAUGCAGAAGAAAGAAAGCUGUGGGAAGCAGAACGUGAUAGUCACAGAGAGCAGAUUGCCCAGGCUGUUUCAGAAGCCAUGCAGGAGCAAAGAAAGCAGAAUCAGGAAAUUGUCAAGGAAGCAUUAAUGGAGGAGCAGAAACGAAGUGAAAAGGCAAUCGAAGAAGCAGUAAAAAGGACAAGAGAGGAGCUGAUGGAAUAUAUUAAAGAGCAGAAGAGGCUUGAUGAAGUUGUCCGUCAGAGAAAUCUGCACAGUUUGGAACUUUUCCUUUCAUGUGCACAGAAACAGUUAAAUGUGUUAUUAAAGGAAGAGCCAACCCUAGAGGAAAACAGAGACUGACAUUCUCAGUGCUGAUGAUGCAACGUGAUCUGCGAAGCUGCAAAUCUUCAUCUAGCAAAUGAUGAAUAUAUUCCAAUAUUUUUGGAUUGUAUCAUGGAGUCAAGAUGGAUCUGAAAUGCUUGAUAGAAAUGUUUGUGGAUGAUGUUCUUCUAUUUAUUUAUUUAUUUUGCUACUAUUAUCAGAUAGCAAAUACGAGAAGGAAGAAAACCCUUGGAAAAAAAUUUUGUUUUAUUUAGGAUGUUUCUUUCAUUUUAUUUUCUAGUAGCCCAUGGUUGAAGUUCUAGAUAACUGCAGCAAUGAUGAAAAUAUUUCCCUGUUAUGUCUGUUUUAAAUUUGGCACCAUACGUUAAUAUGAUUCACCAUUAUUUUUGAUAUUUUAAAAAAUGGAGACAAACAGUUGGUUAUAGAUACAAACCUAUCUCUAUUUCCAAAGUAUCUGCCCAAGUCCAAUGCCUCAGGUGCGCCUGAGUAGCUUAAUUAUUUCUUACUGCUUUUGAUGUAUAACAGAAGAAUCAGUACUGAAACAAGAGUGUUGUCAAGCAUUUAUAAACAAAUCCAGCCCUAGGAACAGAAAAAUUUAAAAACUAAACAGUGCAUCUGUUGAGGGUAGAGCAAAACAUUGCCAUGACCAAUGUAUAGUAUGCAUUUUAUUUCUGUUUUACAGAGCUAGUUCAAUUCCAAAAGUCAUUUUCUCAUGAAAUUGCAAUUAAUGUGACUGACCUCAGUUUCAGGAAGAAGAUGUCUGUAAUUAUGUGGAGACUGAUACUGCACUGCCUCAGUGGAAUUUCUGACAGAAUAAGGAGUGCAGCUUGCUGACCUCACAUGCCCUCUCUAAGUGCAUCGAAGGAAGCAGAAAGACUCCCCACUGACAUUAUUGGACUUUGGAUCACUCACAGGUCUUUCUAGUCUUGCAAGCAGCAGAUGGAGUGGAAUUUCUGUGCCUACACUCUAUUGAUUGUAGAACUGGGGCCUUAGUUGUAGAAGAGCUCUGAAUGAAACAAGGGAAAAUAAGUGUUCAUGCUUAGGUGUAUAAAUAAACUAAGAGUGAUCUCUCUUGUGGUGAGCUUAUGGGCAUUUUUUAAGUGUGGUUCUUAUUAUUUGGAGGUGGUUUGGGGGUUUUUUUGUUUUGCUGAUUUUUUAUCAGCACUUUUCAUAAAUUGCUUGCUUAUAGUAAUAAGGAACACCAAAUGGUUGCAUAUGUGUUUGGCAGUAUGAAAUAUGUAUUGCAGAAAGUUAAGGGGUUUUAUUUAAAUCUUUUUCCAUGCUUCGUUUUUAUAAUCAAACCCAAAGGUAUUGUCUUUUGUAUACACAAAGGUUCCCUGAAGAAGUGAGCAGUGCUGGUUUUACUAGAUGAUGACCUUACCCUGCAAAUGGAUUAAAAUCCAGUCUUUUAUUUGAUACUUGAUUGACCAAUCAGUUUCCAUUUUUUCUGGCAGACAACAAAAUCUUUUAGUGUUAACAAGUUGCCUACUCAUUUUCUGUUCCUAAACCAGUGAAAUUUUUGUCUCUGUAACUGCACCAAAGAUGACAUAGGUGUCCCCAUGGGGUUUUUUUAAUGUCGAGGUACUGUAAAAGGAAAUUGAUUGCCUAGUGCUGUCUUACAAUGUGUGUUUAAUUGUGGAAAUGUGGUAUGAGCAGAUUCCUCAAUGAACUUCUUGAUUUUGUUCUAGGUCUAUACAUGAAACACUAUUCCUUUUUUACUAAAGACAUCCAAGUGUUCCCCUUCAAAGCCAGAGCCUUUGGAGUCCAUCAGCCUUCUUCUAAUAAAGAGAUUUGUAUUCUGACUUGCAACAGUAUGCAAAAACACUUUCUGGAGAAACUUAUGAUUGGAGUCAGUAAGAUUUCACUGGCAACUGUGAUAUAUUUUUUCCCAUUAGAUCAUGUGUUAUUUAAUUUCAGCUCUUGAAUAUUGUGAUGGUCACAGAGAACUGCACAUAUUUUUUUCUUACCUCUGACAGUUUUAGUCUUUGGAUCUUCCUUUCUGCCUUGCAAGCAAAAUUACAGACUGGACUGCAGACGUGCACGACCAGACUGGGAGCUGGGGUUGCCCUUGAAACUCCAAAUCUCAGAGAAGAAAUUUACUUAUACAGCAAAACCAGACCUAUUCAGUAGGUGAGCUUUGCAGCAUACAAUAACUUCCACCUUCUCCAUACUGUAUCCAAAGCUUUAAAGCUUAGGGAUAUUUUCCAUUUCUAUCUAACUAUAGGAGAAUGCAGUUUGUGGGAAUUUGGGAGAAGGGAAUCAUAGAAUUAUAGAAUAGCCUGGAUUGGAAGAGGCCUUAAAGAUCAUCUCAUUCCAACCCCCCUGCCAUGGGCAGGGACACCUUCCACUACCCCAGGUUGCUCCAAGUCUCAUAAAACCUGGCCUGGAACACUGCCAGGGAUGGGGCAGCCACAGCUGCUCUGGGAAACCUGUGCCAGGCCUCACCACCCUCACAGAAAGGAAUUAUUUCCUAAUAUCCAAUCUGAGCCCACUCUCUUUCAGUUUAAAGCCAGCGACAAGUUUGCAAAAUCCAGUCUGUCUCCUGGAAGUUGUCAUCAUUUUUUUUUUAAUUUUUUUUUUUAUUCCUACAUACAGACUGAAGAAUGACAUAAAAGAGCAAAUAGCAUGUUGUAUGUCUGCAGGGUAGAAUUUUAUCUGCCUCACAGGCCUGGCUGGUAACGUUACAUUUUGGCAAGAGUGUACUGAGAGGAACAAGAAACCCUGGAACUAAUCCUCAGAAUCAAAAUGCAAGACCUAGAACGUCAACAAAGCUCAUAUAAUAAACAUAUUAUCUAAAUGGUCAUAUAAUUCAUAUUAGAAACAAACCAUGAAUCUUGUUAUAUAAAAACGUGGGUUGGACAGUUUGUGGCAUGUAUUAGAAGUGACUUAAAAAGCAGAGCAACAAUAGAUCCAGUGUUUAAAUUGCUGUCUUUCCUUGGUGGUAGUCAGGCCCACUGUAUUUUACGACUUUUACUUCAUGGUCUAGAUCUGAGCAGUUCUAGACCACUUCAUUUGUGUGAUUUGCAGCCAGUAGUUUACACAGAGUUAAUACUGAAUAUUGCAGCAUCACACAGCCUGCCAUAUUUGUGUUAUAUUUCUGUAUAUUUCUGGUCGCUCCUUAUCUGCUUCCACUACAGGAAUUUCAAUUGGUUCUGAGACCAGGUGUGUGCAAGUUGUGCAUAAAAUGGAAUAAUGGGCAACAUGUUUUUUGUAUAUUGCGGAUACUUAAGAUACAGGAAUAUUUUAAUUUUUUGCCUUGCUGUAAGAAUUUCAUUGACAAGUUACCCUUGAAUUCCUUGAAGCAUUGAAUUCCUUCACUUCUAUCAUUAGGUGGCAGAACAAAGAAAAAGCAGUAGUCAUUCCAGAGGCUGAGAUCACUUUAGUAUUUUGAAUUUUUUGUGCAUCUUUACGUUGGCUUCUGAUCAGAAGUGUGUCAUGUCCUGCCAGCUCAGUAAACAGCGAGGUUAAUUCCCGACUGUCUGAAAUCAGACAUGACCUUAGAGAGCCUAAUUCCUUUUCACACCAAAACUCCCUUACAAAGCUCAAGACCCUGCUCUUCCUCUAUUUCCUGUGCCCGCAUUUGAGCUCACAGAUUUUCCCUACCCCUUGGAUGAAGGGAAAGUGUGAUAAGAUUUUGUCUUGUUUCCUGGAAGGAAUUAGCCACCAACAUAAAUGUUUAUCAGGGAGGCUCAUAUAAUUUAUGCUCACUUUCAGAUCACGUACAAUGUCAUUGCAGUUAUCAAAUGGACUUAGCUUAGGUGCUGUAAACUCCAUUGCAGGAGUGACUUAAUGUGUGGAUGAUUGAUUUUUUUUUUUUACAUGGACAUCCUGAAUGCUGUAUAGAAAGAUUUUAUAUCAUCUGUGGCAUUCUUUUUCAUCAAUGGUCCAUUAAUGUGCCAGAGAACCACUGGGCUGGAAAACACUUUACAUGGGUACAAUUCAUGGUUUCUAUUCAAUUCAAUGUUCUUGCAGGAACUGACAAAAAAAAAUGUUUUCUGUGCUCUGUCCAAGAAUAUUGUUCUUCUGAGGCUUCAAGAAGAUUCAUCUGCUACCAUUGUUUUCAUUGUUUAUUAAUUUUAAAGCCCACAUAAAACUAAUAGUCCUGCUGCUGAAUUAGAGUCAUAUUUGAACAGUAGAGUAUCACAGAAAAACCACCCAAGUUGCACUAUCAAGUUCUGUGUUUGCUGAGUUGCUCAGGUUUUGUAUUUGUUUCUCUUUUCAGUGAUACAUCAUCAUUGUGAUAAUAAUUAUAGUUAUUAUCCCAUGACAGUAACAAUAAUAGUAACAAUAUUUUUCUGUGAUAGAUGUGGUAUUGAUAUUUUAUCCAUGUCUUAAAUGCUGUGUAAUUUUAAUUAUGCAUCAGAUUCACAUUUGUUUAUAUUGCCCUCACAUUUCAGACUUGCACAAUCAGCAUUUUUAGAUGCUUUCCAUUGUCCAGAAUGAAUAAUACAAUGCACAAACUAUUACUGAAUAAACACUCAAACUAUUCUUUUUUUUCAGAUGACAAUUUUAAGCAGUGUAGCAGUGAAACAAUGAGAUGUUUAUUAAUACACAUAUCCUAAAAAUACGAUUCCUAACAAAAUGCUACAAAUUUCUCUCUUUUUUUUCAGAUUUGAUAAUGAGUCUGUAGUGCUAGGUAUGGAACACUAUCAGAAUCAAAUCAUUGGCAUUUGUUCUCUUCCUUCAAGUUAAAAUAUUUUGUCUUCUCUCAACAGCCAAAGUGAAUGGCAUUCUUUUUUCAGCAGUGGUCCAUUGAUGGUCAUCAAAUGCCUCUCUGCAUUUAAAAAGAAACUUGUCUUAACUGACACCUCUACACAAUGCUGUAGGAGGCUCUUUAACACAGGGAGAAACAGAACUGGUUUUGCUGAAUAAACUUGGAAGGAUGUUCCAGUUGUUGCACCACUACCAAAUUAGGGCACUGGUUAAGUGUUCACGUCAAUGUUGCUGCAUAAAUCUUCCAGAAGGUGACUGGUCAUGGUGAUACAUGGUCAGUCUCUAUUUUUGUGGCAAUAAUUUUAAAAAUUCCAUUACUUGAACAUCCCAGUCUUUUAUUAUGAUCAUAGAUUACAUUUUUAGAGCAUGAUUGGGAAGCACUGGCUCCCAGGAAGUCAGCUGGAAUUCUGCUGUUGGAUAUUUGCAGCUCAAAAUGUCUUCCACAUUUCUUGCAAUUGUGACCACAAUGAAUAUAAUGCACACAGUUCUGUCUUCGUAUGGUUCUAGAAAUAUACCAAGAAAUCAAGAGCAGAUUUUGUGAUCAGUUCUUUGAAGAAAGUGUCAGCACUUGUUCUGUUGGUGGUGUCUUGGAGAAGGGGGAUGAGCUGUUGGCUGGAGAUGCUGGUGAGGGAAAAACUUGUGUCUCAUUAUUACUGUACUGCUGCUAAGAAGGACUCAUCUCAGAACAUAAUAUGAGGUGAGAAUUUGUACUUCAAGAUUACAUCCAAACCACCCCCCCCCCCCGGAAAAAAAAAUCUAAAUUACAUUAAAUCAAAUUUGAAAAUAGAAGUUUAUACUUUUUAAAACUUGGAAACAUUGCAACGUUGACAUGUUGACACCCAAACACAUUAGUCUGACAAAUGUCAAUAUUUCCUGAGCAGAAUGUUGUGGGAGCUUCCCUGGAGCUUUCUGGGGAUAUCACUGAAUCAGGAUGAUGAACAUAUUCUUGCUUGAUUGCCACACUAGUAUUAAAAACAAAGUUAUAUGCACAAUGGAAAAGUCUUUAUGUGUCUGCCAAAUAAAAUGGAAGAGGAUCCAGAGGUUGUGUCCAAAGAUAAUGUGUCAUCUAGUCAUUUUCUUGGGAAUCAGAAAUGUGUUUCCUUCUCCGAUUAAAUAAUUUUUCAUUUGCAGAGAUAGGAAAAAAAAUCCUGUAAGCUCCAGACAGCAAGUGCAGAAGGUCUACAAAGGACUUAGUGUUGCACAGGAAUGACAAGACUACUCAGAAGAACACAGAUUAUCACAAGCAGGGUGAGCAUCAAGUUGCGCUCAAUUUGGCUAUGUCAGUAUGUAAUAUAAAUGCCAUAGUAACAAUGUGUCUGUACAUUUUCUACACAAUUUUUCUUCAACAAAUUUUUCAAAGAACAGGUGAGCUGAAGGCAAGGAUGACACAGUCAUUCUCCCCAGUAUUUAAGAAAGCAAAUAGGUUGUUGAUUGAUUGAUUGAUUGAUCAAUUGAUUGAUUGUAUGUUGGGACCAAAUGUUGAUGUUUAUUUUGAAGCAUAAGCAUACAGAGGUUUGUGCUGGUUUUCACAGAGGAAUCAUAUAACUCAGUUGUCUGUAGCAAUUAUAUGUUUUGAUCAAAUUUUUCCUCUUGGUUAAACUGCUAAGUGGAUUAAAGUCUUCUAUAUCCUUUGUA